CUGCCUCUCCUCUUUUGAACAUCAAUCUUUCUUUUUUCUUUCCACGUGCAAUCCAUUACAGAAGUACGAUGGCUGAUUGUGUUGAUGAAAGUGGAAGUGUGAAUAAUCAACCUUCAUCCACUGAUGCUAAUUUAGAAGUUAUGACGAGUAAUUCUCAAGAAGAUCACAGUAAAGUAAAAAAAGAACCCACAAUCCAAGGAACCCUGAUAACUGAAGGAAAAGCACAAGUCUGCUUUCCUGGAUCUGAGGACAAUGUUUUCUAUAAUCCUGUUCAAGAAUUUAACCGGGACCUCAGCAUUGCUGUUUUGAGACAGUAUUCCUUAGACCAAAUGAAAAAAACUGACAAAAGUUUUGUUGGUGAAACAUUCCUUAAACCAGGGGAAGUUUAUGAGAAUGGCUUGACUGUACUGGAAGCCUUAUCUGCCUCUGGGUUGAGAUCAAUCAGAUAUGCCAAAGAAGUUGGAGGACUCAAAAACAUUAUUGCCAAUGACUUGUCAUCUUCCGCUGUUGAAAGCAUAACAUCAAACAGUCAAAUGAAUGAUGUUUCCCAUUUGAUUACUCCUAAUGAAGGAGAUGCAUCGAUCCUGAUGUAUCAACACAGAUACAAAAAAAAAUUUCACUGUGUUGAUAUUGAUCCUUAUGGGUCACCUUCACCAUUUGUUGAUGCUGCAGUUCAGUGUGUGGCUGAUGGAGGUCUUCUAAUGGUUACUGCCACCGACAUGGCUAUUCUUUGUGGCAAUGUCCCAGAAACAUGCUACGCCAAGUACGCAAGUGUUUCGAUCAAAACCAAAGCUUGUCACGAAAUGGCAUUGCGGAUUAUUCUUCAGUUUCUUCAGACCUCUGCUGCAAGAUAUGGACGAUACAUUCAACCACUUCUUUCUGUUUCUGUUGACUUCUACGUGCGUAUUUUCGUGAUUGUGCACACUGGAAAAAAUCAGUGCAAAGCAUCAGCAUCAAAACUUUCAAUGGUUUAUCAAUGUGUUGGAUGUCACAACAUAUCCUGGCAACCUUUGAUGAAAACAGAGGAUAGGAAAUGUCCAAAAGGAGCUGGUGGAUCACCACCAAAAACACUGGGAAAGAUAUUUUCAAGGGCUUCUGGACCACCUACAGAUGCCAAAUGUGAAUUUUGUCAAUCUCGCUUAAAUUUUGGUGGCCCUCUUUAUUCGCAACCAAUUCAUGACUUGGAUUUUGUUCAGUCACUGCUUACAAGUUUGGAUAAUCCUGAACUCGGAGAACUAAAAACUGAGAAACGAAUCCGUGGCAUUUUAAGCGUGAUAUCUGAAGAACUGCCAAAUUAUCCUUUGUAUUUAAGCCUCGACGCGACAGCAUCCUUGUUGAAGCUAAGUGUUCCUUCGUUAGUCAUGUUCCGAUCAGCAAUUCUCAAUGCUGGAUACUGCGUGUCCCUCUCUCAUUGUUACCCGCUCUCCAUUAAAACGGAUGCUCCUAUGUCGGUCAUUUGGGAUUUAUUUCAAGGCUUUGCCAAAAAGCAGUAUCCAGAUAAGACAUGGCCACGACCGCUGUCAGAUAAACCAACCCCUGCUGACUAUAUUUUGAGCCGACCUGUUACAAUUCAAGCCGAUUUUACGACUCACCCCAAAGGAAAUCCGUCGUCGAGGAUGCAGAAACUUGUUCGAUUUCAAGAGAACCCUGAAAAAAAUUGGGGGCCGAAAUGUCGAGCGAAAGCCAAUGUUAGGCAGAAUAAAACGGAUCGACAAUCAGAGAAAAAAAAACCACGCUUGGACGAUGAAUGUAAUGAAGGAAAUUGAAUUUGAAAAUGGUUUUUUGAACUUUUGACGGAUUUGCAAACUACAUCGACUUUCGAUGAUAAAUACAUGAGUAUGUUUGCUA